AUGUCUUUCAUCAACAAGCCUCUCAUGUUCUACAUUGAAGAGUAUGUUGAUUGGAAGAUUCGCAUGGAGGUGCAUCUAGCCUCCCAAUAUGACGAUAUGUGGUUCUUUAUCACUAAUGGAACGAUAAAGAUUGAAAAGGAAAGAUGCGAGUGGACAGCUGAAUAUAAAAGAAAGAACAACCUCGAUAACUUGGCCAAAAAUACAUUGUACAAAACUCUUGACAAGAACAUGUUUGCAAAGAUAAAAGCAUGUUCUACCGCCAAGGAAAUAUGGGAGAAGAUUAUCCAACUGUGUGAGGGCAACAAACAAACUAGAGAAAACAAGCUCAUGGUUGCUACUCAAAAGUUCAAUAGCAUCAAGAUGCACCUAGGGGAGUCGAUGAACGAGUUUGACGAACGCUUCACCAACAUCUUUAUUGAAUUUUCAACUCUGGGAAAGGUCUAUAUCAACAAAGAAAUCAUCAUCAAGGCAUUGAAGACUCUUCCUAGUGCUUGGGACAUUAAGAUAAUGGUUAUGAGGGAGUCUAGAAACCUCCACAAGAUGGAGUUUCAUGACAUGUUUGCUGAUCUGAAAGCCCAUGAGUUCGAAAUGAACUCAAGGAAUGAAGACAAGCCCUCAUCCUCGACCGUGACUCAAGCGUUGGUGUCCUCUAUGGAGCUAAUAGUUCCCUCACCCAUCAAGUCAGCUGAGCAGUUCAGCAAAGAUGCAAUGACUUUACUUGUCAAGAAGCUUGGCAAAUUCAUGAGAAAAAAUCAAUCCAACCCUUCUUUCAACAACAAUAACAACUCUAAUGAUCACAAGGCUAACGUUCGUUGUUUUAACUAUGACACUUUAGGUCACUACAAGUCGGAAUGUCGGAAGCCAAGGAGAGACGACAAGAAUCAAGUUGAUCAAAAUAAUAAGAAGGAUCAGAAAGCAAUGUUAGUAGAGGAAAGUAGAAACAAGUGGGCCCAAAGUGACUCGGACUCCAGCUCCUCAAGUGAUAGUGAUGAUUAA